AUGGGCGGCGAAGAAAAAAAACCAACCAGAAAGCCUAUACCAACUUGGCUUAAUUUUGUUUUUGGAGGUCUUAGUGGCAUGAUGGGUAUAUGCGUGGUCCAGCCGGCAGAUUUGGUUAAGACCAGGAUGCAGCUAGCCGGUCCCAAGGGCAAUCAGAGCGUAGUGGCGACGGUCGGGAAUAUUCUCAAGAAGGAAGGAGUCACAGGUUUCUACACCGGGCUCUCGGCAGCUCUGUUCAGACAAGCCACCUACACUACCGGAAGACUGGGAGUCUAUAAUGGGAUAUCCAACUAUUACACAAACGCUUAUGGAGUACCGAGUUUUCCGGUGAAAUUGGUUAUUGGUAUGAUCGCGGGUGGCAUCGGAGCUUUCAUCGGGACUCCGGCAGAGGUCGCCCUGAUCCGUAUGACUGCUGACGGACGGCUUCCUCCCGAGCAGAGGAGGAACUAUAAGAACGUGUUCAACGCUCUCGCUAGGAUCUCGAGAGAAGAAGGUCCUGCCAUGAUGUUCAGAGGCGCUACAGCUACCGUGACGAGGGCAAUGGUGGUGAACGCUGCACAACUCGGCUCCUAUGCUCAGGCCAGGGAGAUGUUGUUACCACAACUGGGAGAUGGCAUCGUACUUCACUUUAUAGCGUCCCUGAUAUCUGGUCUGGUCACCACCUUCGCAUCCUUGCCAGUAGAUAUCGUGAAGACCAGAGUACAAAACUCAGCAAAAGGAGCCAGUCAAGUCGGUGUUUUAAUGAGCAUUAUAAAAAACGAGGGGGUGUUCGCACUGUGGAAGGGCUUUAUACCAACGUAUGCGAAGAUCGGACCGCUGACAAUCCUCAUUUUUGUAUUCUUGGAACAACUGAACGGUCUUUACUAUAGAUACCAGGAGUCAUUGGAGGAACCCAGCAAAUAA